AUGUAUACAGGACCUACAACAUUGCGGCCAACCACAUUAGUGACAACUGAGGGACCUACAACAUUGCGGCCAACCAUAUUAGUGACAACUGAGGGACCUACAACAUUGCGGCCAACCACAUUAGUGACAACUGAGGAAUCUACAACAUUGCAGCCAACCACAUCAGUGACAACUGAAGAAUCUACAACAUUGCAGCCAACCACAUCAGUGACAACUGAAGAAUCUACAACAUUGCAGCCAACCACAUCAGUGACAAUUGAAGGACCUACAACAUUGCGGCCAACCACAUUAGUGACAACUGAGGAAUCUACAACAUUGCAGCCAGCCACAUCAGUGACAACUGAGGAAUCUACAACAUUGCAGCCAACCACAUCAGUGACAACUGAUGAAUCUACAAUGUCAAAUGACACUAAUGGUUUUAAUAAAAUAGAAACACCUCUACUGUUAGUUGUUCCAAAACUAUGGAACGAUGUUCCUUUCCACAAUAAAUCAUAA